AUGGGCAGAGCUGGCUGCUGCACGCUAAGUUUGAGCCAAGUACAGAGAGAGAUAAGGACAAAAGUUUGGCUCGUUUUCUUUACGCACGCUUUAUGGCAUCCUCAUCUUCCGUGUGUUGAAUUGCAUGCUUCCAACCAAUGGAACAAGUACAAACAUAGAUCCCUUCAAGUUGGAAAAAUUGCUAUCCCUGCCUCUACUCACUAUGACAAAU